CGGGAGAACCCCAAGGUCGCGGCGCGUCACGUGGCCCGGUCGCUUCCUCCGGCCCGCGCGCGUUCUUUUGUCCUGCGUGCGCUGGCCCCAGCAGGCCGCCGUCCUUGUGUUCGCCGCGCCCGGUCAAGGCGCUGACCUUGGUGCCUACGGCAGCCCCACCUGCCGGUGUGAGGUGAAACCGGCAGCGGGCCAAGGCACUUGUGGAAGGCUUCAGGACAAAAUGUUUCAUUUAAGGACUUGUGCUGCUAAGUUGAGGCCAUUGACGGCCUCCCAGACUGUUAAGACAUUGUCACAAAACAAACCAGCAGCAAUUAGGACGUUUCAACAGAUUCGGUGCUAUUCCGCACCUGUAGCUGCUGAACCAUUUCUUAGUGGGACUAGUUCGAACUAUGUGGAGGAAAUGUACUGUGCCUGGUUGGAGAAUCCCAAAAGUGUACAUAAGUCAUGGGACAUUUUUUUCCGAAACACCAAUGCUGGAGCCCCUCCGGGCACUGCCUACCAGAGUCCUCUUUCCCUGAGUCGAAGCUCGCUGGCUACCAUGGCCCAUGCACAGUCCCUGGUGGAGGCACAACCUAACGUCGACAAACUCGUGGAGGACCACUUGGCAGUGCAAUCUCUCAUCAGGGCAUAUCAGGUCAGGGGUCACCACAUUGCAAAACUUGAUCCUCUCGGAAUUAGUUGUGUAAAUUUUGAUGAUGCUCCGAUACGAGGGCACCAUGUAGCACAGCUGGACCCCCUGGGGAUUUUGGAUGCUGAUCUGGACUCCUCCGUGCCCGCUGACAUUAUCUCAUCCACAGACAAACUUGGGUUCUAUGGCCUAGAUGAGUCUGACCUUGACAAGGUCUUCCACUUGCCCACCACCACUUUCAUCGGGGGACAGGAGUCUGCACUUCCUCUUCGGGAGAUUAUCCGGCGGCUGGAGAUGGCCUACUGUCAGCACAUUGGUGUGGAGUUCAUGUUCAUUAAUGAUUUGGAACAAUGCCAAUGGAUCCGGCAGAAGUUUGAGACUCCUGGAAUCAUGCAGUUCACCAAUGAGGAAAAGCGGACCCUGCUGGCCAGGCUUGUACGGUCCACCAGGUUUGAGGAGUUCCUACAGCGGAAAUGGUCUUCUGAGAAGCGUUUUGGUCUGGAAGGUUGUGAGGUGCUGAUCCCUGCCCUCAAGACAAUCAUUGACAAGUCAAGUGAAAAUGGAAUAGACUAUGUGAUCAUGGGAAUGCCACACAGAGGACGACUGAAUGUGCUUGCAAAUGUCAUCAGGAAGGAGCUGGAGCAGAUUUUCUGUCAGUUUGACUCAAAGCUGGAAGCAGCGGAUGAGGGUUCCGGGGACAUGAAGUACCACCUGGGCAUGUAUCACCGCAGGAUCAACCGUGUGACGGACAGAAACAUCACUCUGUCCCUGGUGGCAAACCCUUCCCACCUAGAGGCUGCUGACCCUGUGGUGAUGGGCAAGACCAAAGCUGAGCAGUUUUAUUGUGGAGACACUGAAGGGAAAAAGGUGAUGUCUAUCCUGCUGCAUGGGGACGCUGCCUUUGCUGGCCAGGGCAUCGUGUAUGAGACCUUCCAUCUCAGUGAUUUGCCAUCCUACACAACCCAUGGCACUGUACAUGUGGUUGUCAACAACCAGAUUGGCUUCACCACAGACCCUCGGAUGGCCCGUUCCUCCCCCUACCCCACUGAUGUGGCCCGAGUGGUGAACGCCCCCAUUUUCCACGUCAACUCAGAUGACCCUGAGGCUGUCAUGUAUGUAUGCAAGGUGGCAGCUGAGUGGAGGAGCACCUUCCACAAGGAUGUUGUCGUUGAUCUGGUAUGUUAUCGACGCAAUGGCCACAAUGAGAUGGAUGAACCUAUGUUUACACAACCACUCAUGUACAAGCAGAUCCGCAAGCAGAAGCCUGUACUGCAGAAGUAUGCAGAACUGUUGGUAUCCCAGGGUGUCGUCAACCAGCCCGAAUAUGAGGAGGAAAUCUCCAAGUAUGACAAGAUCUGUGAGGAAGCAUUCACCAGAUCCAAAGAUGAGAAGAUCUUGCACAUCAAGCACUGGCUGGAUUCCCCCUGGCCUGGUUUCUUCACCCUGGAUGGACAGCCUAGGAGCAUGUCCUGCCCCUCUACUGGCCUGGAGGAGGAUGUCUUGGCCCACAUUGGGAAUGUCGCCAGCUCUGUACCUGUGGAGAACUUUACCAUCCAUGGAGGGCUGAGCCGGAUCUUGAAGACUCGGAAGGAGCUAGUGACAAACCGGACUGUGGACUGGGCCCUGGCAGAGUACAUGGCAUUCGGAUCACUCCUGAAGGAAGGCAUCCACGUCCGGCUGAGUGGCCAGGAUGUGGAGCGGGGCACCUUUAGUCAUCGCCACCACGUGCUCCAUGAUCAGAAUGUAGACAAGAGAACCUGCAUCCCCAUGAACCACCUUUGGCCCAAUCAGGCCCCCUACACUGUUUGCAACAGCUCGCUGUCUGAGUAUGGUGUCCUGGGCUUUGAGCUGGGCUUUGCCAUGGCUAGCCCUAAUGCUCUGGUUCUCUGGGAGGCUCAGUUUGGUGAUUUCAACAACAUGGCACAGUGCAUUAUUGACCAGUUCAUCUGCCCAGGACAGGCAAAGUGGGUGCGGCAGAAUGGCAUUGUGCUCCUGUUGCCUCAUGGCAUGGAAGGCAUGGGUCCAGAGCAUUCCUCUGCCCGCCCAGAGCGGUUUCUGCAGAUGUGCAAUGAUGACCCAGAUGUCCUGCCUGAUCUGCAGGAAGACAACUUUGAUAUCAAUCAGCUGUACGACUGCAACUGGAUUGUUGUCAACUGUUCCACCCCUGGCAACUUCUUCCAUGUACUUCGACGACAGAUCCUGCUGCCCUUCCGGAAGCCGUUAAUCGUCUUCACUCCCAAAUCCCUGCUACGCCACCCUGAGGCAAGAACUAGCUUUGAUGAGAUGCUUCCAGGAACCCACUUUCAGCGUGUGAUCCCAGAAGAUGGCCCUGCAGCUCAGAACCCAAAUAAUGUCAAAAGACUUCUCUUCUGCACUGGCAAGGUGUACUAUGACCUCACCCGAGAGCGCAAAGCCAGGGACAUGGCAGAGCAGGUGGCAAUUACAAGGAUUGAGCAGCUAUCACCAUUCCCCUUCGACCUCCUACUGAAGGAGGCACAGAAGUAUCCCAAUGCUGAGCUGGCCUGGUGCCAGGAAGAGCACAAGAACCAAGGCUACUAUGACUAUGUCAAGCCAAGACUUCGGACCACCAUUGACCGUGCCAAGCCUGUCUGGUAUGCUGGCCGAGACCCAGCAGCUGCUCCAGCCACCGGCAACAAGAAGACUCACCUGACAGAGCUGCAGCGCUUCCUGGACACAGCCUUUGACCUGGACGCCUUCAAGAAAUUCUCUUAGGCGCCCUGGAGCUGAUCAGGCCAUGGUCCCCCGAGUCCAUGAUGCUCUUUGCUUCUCAACUAAAGAAUAGUGCCUCAGCACUGCCCACACUUCUGCCCUUUGCUGUGCCACAUCCUCCCCACCCCCACUCCUGUUCUCAUAGGAAUUAAGCUGUUGUCUGCUCCAGUGCUCAGCUGCUCCCCAGGCCAGAUACUGCCCAGCUUGGGCUGACUUCUCAGGCUACACACCUGCCAUGGAGGCGAUAAGGAGCAGGACGAAGAAAGGUCCCUCAAGAUAUCCUAGGAAAGGCAGCUCUGGCCCUAUCCAUGCUCACCAAGUAAUCCUCCAGGAUUGGAACAGAAAUCCUGUGUGGCUUCCCAGAGCACUAGUAGUCAGUCCUUGUCACCUAGCAAGCCACAGAUUGAAAACUAGGGCUAGCUUUGUCUUGCUAGGGCCAAACUAAGAAGUAAUGGAGGAGCUAUAGCUGGCAGGUUUUUGGGGCGUCAUUCAGCUGUUGGGUGAGUGGAGAAUGGUACAGAGCAGCUAAAAAGGCCUUAGCAACAAAGUUAGGUCCAGUUCUGCUACCCUUCUUGGGAUUGGGCUGUGGGGAAUUUGCCCUAACUACCAUGCCUGGAGUGAUUGGCUCUGAGUAGAGUCCAGAAGCUCCCUUGGGUCCCAAACCCCAGGCACUGGCUGCCUCUUGGUCCUGCUGAAUCUUCUCCCCCCUCCUCCCUAAUCCCCCAGUUAAUUCGCUUUCUGUUGUUCCCUUGAACACAAGGAAGCAGUUGAUAGAUUCUUCUCUUCGCUGUGCCAAGGCAGGUCAGAAACAGGAGAUCAGUGAUUAAGGGCAAGGUGACCCCGGAGCCAGCUGUCCUUCCUUCCUCUUUUGACCUUCAAAGGGACAGAUCUGAUUUAUUUAUUUUGGUUAAAAAAAAAGAAAUGAUAAAAAGGAUAACCAACUUUGCAUUGCAUCGGCUUGACCCAUAAACUAAGUUAUCAUGGCCA